AUGUCUAUUAAGCAAAAGAUUAUUUCUAAGGAGCACAAGAUCAUCAGACCACCGCCAGAGUGUAUGACAUUCGUCGUUCAUACUGGAAAAGUUGGAAGAUUCGUAAAAGACCUUGAAACCGAUAUGAGAAUUAUGUUAGCUCCUUAUACAUACGAUAAACUUCGUGUUAACAAGAAAAAUCAAAUUCGUGACUUUGUUGAAGCUGCUGGUGAUCUCGAAGCUACAAUGAUGUUUCUUUUGCGCUGUCAACAAGAUAAAUUAGUAUUAUCUCUCAACAGAUUCCCACAUGGACCAACAUUACACUUUAACAUUAAGAAAUUUGCAACAAUGGCUGAUGUUCGCGCUGGAAAUAAAGAUUCUGCUACAAUAAACAGGACUCAUCCAGGUGAAGCAUUCCCAAUUCUUGAAGGAUUUGGUGAUUCAAACGAAGACCAAACAAUGGUUUCGAUGUUCCAAGGUUUAUUCCCUUCAUUCGAUCCAUUAACAGCAGAUUUAGGCUUAAUGAAGCGUGCUGUUUACAUCUCCAAGAGUGCUGAUGGCAAUAUUUCCAUUCGCCACUACCUUGUUGAGAAAACAAACCCUAGAGAAGUAGCAAUGAACGAAGCUAUUGACAAAGCCAUGUCAACAAACCUCAAAAACUAUAAUUCGAUGACAGAAUACCUCGAUGAAAUACACAAAGACCAGCCAAAGAAAGAUAAGAAGAUAUCUACAAUUAAACUGAAAGAACUUGGUCCAAGAAUCGAUAUAGUCUUAGACUACACAGAGUUGAACCUCUUUGGUGGCAUGAAGAUGCAGGAACAGAUCAAAAAGAGACAAAUGAAGAGGGCUUUGGAAGAAAAGGCCGCCAAGGAAGAAAAAGAGAAGGCAAAGCAUUAA